AUGUUACAAAGAAUUAGAAACGUUAUAUCUGUGGCGAAUGAUUCCACUUCAGAUGUAGAUACAAAGAAGCAAGCAUUGAAUUAUUUGAAUGAAAUGAAAGAUGAUCCUAAUGCAUCUCAAUUCUUCUCUUCUUUAUUGAUAGAUCCUUUAUCAGAUGAUAUCACUAAAUUUGUAUCUUUACAAGUUCUAUGUGAUAUCGUGAAUCAAGCGUCUCUAUUGAAUAAUAAAGAACAAAUUGUAUUUAUAAAGACUACCACAGUGAAUUUUAUUCGAGAUUUAAUCACUAAUGAUUUAAAAGGUCAAGAAUAUUUUAGAAAUAAAAUUGCUGAAUUGAUCACUAGAUUAUUUUAUGCAAGUUAUGGUGAAUGUAAUGGAAAUCAAUGGAUUACUUUUUUUAGUGAUAUGAUCUCUUUAUUAUCGAUAGAAUCAUUAGUGAAAUCUAUCUCUUCCGAAUUUUCUCCACUAGGGUUAGAUUUUUUCGCAAGAAUUUGUGGUUUUAUUAAUACAGAAAUUGCUGAUCAAACUUUUGUAAGAUCUAAAGAUAUCCAAAUUAAAAAUAAUAGUUUAAAAGAUUCAAUGAGAAUUCAGGAUGUCUCUGUAUUAGUAACAAUAUGGUUAAAUUCUUUAAAGAGUAUGAUUCCAUCUAAUGGUACUAAUGUUGCUCAAGCUCAAAUACCUCAAAUUAAUAAAGAAAUCUCCAUAUUAAUAUUAUCAUGUAUUGGGUCAUAUAUCUCAUGGAUCGAUGUAAAUUUGAUCAUUAAUGAGGAAUAUAUAUCUGUCAUUUACAGUUUCCUUGAUUAUCAUGAAACUCAAAUAGCUUGUUGCCAAUGUUUAUGUGAAAUUAUCUCUAAAAAGAUGAAACCAGUAGAUAAAUUGACUUUAUUGAGUAUGUUAAGUCUUACUGAGAAAAUUGCAAAGAUAGAACAAGACGAUUUAGAGGUAUAUGAACAGAUUGCCAAAUUAGUAUCAUCUGUAGGAUUAGAACUUGCCAUUAUCUUAGAUCAAUGUAAUGAUAUAUCUCCACAGGAUCCUACUUAUAAUGAAACACAACAAGUUGCAAACGCAGCUGAUCAACAAAUUUUAUUACAAGUAUCACCAUUGGUAUUGAAAUUCAUGGUCUACGAGUACGAUUCAGUGACACAACAAUGUUUCCCAUUUAUUACCCAAUAUUUAGGAAUCUUAAAGAAAUUAUUCGCUCUAGGAGGGAAACCAGGUUCUGCAGUAGCAAUGGCCUCCAAAAAACAAACUUUAACAAAUGGACAUUCCAACUUCUUAUUUUCAUUAUUAGAAGUUAUCGUCAAGAAAAUGAGAAUAGAUGAAAGUAGUGAUGAGGAUUCUCAAGACGAAAUAGAUGAAUUUAAUGAAACUAUUAGAUCAAAGAUAAAGACUUUCCAAGAUAGUGUUUGUGUGAUUAGUCCGACAAUUUAUUUACAAAAUAUUACUAAUCAAAUUGAAUCUUUACUUCUUCUAACUAAUUCAAAUAAAGAUUGGAGAGAUCCAGAGUUAAUGAUUUAUCAAAUACAUAAUUUGGCUGAAAGUAUCCGUAAUAACUUAUUCGGUGUCAAUAAAAAUGAAAUUUCUACUUCUGAGCCAGCUCAGAUUAUGGUUAAAUUUAUGGAUGCUCUUUUACAAAAUCCUACCAUUUUCACGUUGGAUAACUCAUAUGUUCAGAUUUCUUUCUUUGAAUUAGUCGUUAGACAUAACAAUUUUUUGAAUAAUGAUAAAGAUGAAUUUGCACUCUUAAACAUUUUCUGUAGUGAUUUUGGUAUGUUCAACAAGAGAGAAAAGGUUAGAAUAAGAACAUGGUAUUUAUUUACUAGACUAUUGAAAAUUACAAAACCUAAACUCUCUACAAAUAUCAUCAACGAAAUAAUAAACAAACUGAGUCAAUUAUUAGUCAUCAAAGUAGGAAAUGUUAGUGCCGAUGGAACCGAGGAUGAUACCACUUUUAGUAACCAAAUGUAUCUUUUUGAAGGUAUUGGUUUAUUAAUUGGAGCAAACUCAGAUCAAAAUUAUGAUAUUUUGGAUAACGUACUUACUCCUCUAUUUAAGGAUUUAGAGACUUGUAUUUCUUCCCAGAUCCAAACUCCAGAAGUUAUACUUCAAUGUCAUCAUAUUUUGAUGGCUAUUGGGACUUUAGCAAGAGGUGUUCAAGGUGGGUUAGUCCCAGAAAAUCAAGUUAAUAACGUCUUGGUCAACAAAAAAUUAAUUACUAAAUCCUUAAUCGAAAAAUUUUCAAAUAUAGCAGAGGUUGUACUAGUUACAUUUUCUUUCUUCAACAAGUUUGAAAAUAUUAGAGAUGCCUCAAGGUUCACUUUCUCGAGAUUGAUUCCAAUAUUAAACAGUGGAAUCAUUCCUUUUACAAAUAAAUUGAUUGCACUAUUUCUCGAAUCUGACCUUAAAGUGCUAGAGAUGAAUGAUUUCUUAGGUUUCCUGGGUCAAAUGGUCCACAUGUUUCACAAGGAUGAAGGUUGUUAUCAACUUUAUAAUGAUCUGUUAACUCCCACUAUUGAGAAAAUACAUUCUUUACUCUCUCAGAUAGAACAAGAACAUAAUACAAAUCCUGGGCUUGUCGAAAACAAUCCUGGUAAAAAUAUUGUUAUUACUGACACGUUUAGAGAUAAAGUACUAUUGAAAAAAGCUUAUUAUUCGUUCUUGCAAUCAUUUAUUACUAAUUCUGUCACUUCGCUACUAUUAUCGGAGAAAAAUUUUAACACGCUUUCGUUAAUUUUGACAGACUUACUGACUUACACACCGGAAGAUGUGCAGGAAACAUCAGCAAUGAAGUUAGCAUUUAAUGUCUUGUUCAAUUUUGUGAAAUAUUUCGGCUCUGGUAAAUGUACAGAUCCUAAUGACAUCCACGCGGCUAAUACAAAUAGAAUAGAAGGUCUUAAUGAAUUUUUGAUAACGAAGGCUGUGCCAUUGGUCUUUGAAAUUCCAUUUAGACCUGAAUAUAAAUUUAAUAUAAAAGAAGGUAGCUAUAGAGUCAUGGCAUCUGAUUUAUCACGUCUGUUAAAAGAACUAUAUGUCCAAAGUAACUAUGAAGUUACAGACAUGAACUCAAAUCCAUGUUUGAAAUACCUUUCUGAAAUAUAUCUACCUCAAAUCCAAUUUCCAAACCAGCUAAUAAUGGAAUUGAUAGAAGUACUUGUUACUCUGGACCAAAAAGCAUUUGAAAAGUAUUACGUGUCUCUUAUCGAGAAAUUGACAUUAUCUUAA